UUUGAAAAGUGUUCUACGGCCGUAGAACACCAUCAGGAUCGACGGCCAUAUUGAAGGUCCAAAAGUCUGUUGAGACGGUUGCGUCUUCAUCACGCUCCCCAAUAUUUGACGAAUUAAACUGAAAAACUCCCAUUUUGCAAGAAAAAACUAAAACAUGGCAAACACAGCUUCCGAGAAAGAUUUGCUCGAUACAGUUUGGCAUGCUACUCGUGGCUUUAUAGGGAAAGAAUUACUUUCUGAGAGCAAACUCGUACCAGUUCCUUACCUCUCGAAUGCUGAUGAUUUCGGCCUAUUCUCAGUUUUCGUUAAGAGCAAAUCGGAAAGCGUAGGUCAAAAGAUUAAGCAUUCGCUGGCGGGAGCCACUUACCAUGUACUUGGCCACGUUUCUCAAGUCAUUGAGCUGGAAAAAACUGACCUUGAUCGUUUGUUGAACAGCGCGAAGCCACACACAGAGGACGUCGGCAAUCAGCCCGAAAAGUGGGAGAAGGACAUCGAUUUGGGAUCAAAGUCGAUACACUUGACUGUCGAAGGGCUUCACAAAUUUCUCAUCCCACUGAAUUUGAGCGAAGGAGACCUUUGCCUGAAGCAAAACAUUCCUGAUCUGGUCAGCGCUAAAAGCGUGUACAUCAUUACAGAUGUAAUGAAGGCUAGUAGCGUUACAGCAUGUGUUACGAGUGAUGACGACACGAUGGAAAGAGUUUCUACCGUUUCUGUUCCAAUAGGAUUUGGUUAUUCGAAAUUCCGAUUGACUCCCGAGGGACUCAUUGCUGAACAGAUGAAAUGCAAGCCUGCUUUCCAUGGUAAAUGGGUUGUUGUGGUUAAACAAAUCUCUGAAUUCCUCAACAAAUUGUAAGACUCGCAUGGCAUGCUGCUCUCAUCCUGGUCUCACAGCGGACAACGCCAAAAAUGAUUUUCAGCCUUUUCAAAAUUAUCUUUUUAACUGUUUAAACAUUUCUAAACGUUCCUACUAAAGGUAUUUUCUAAAUUUUUACUUACUAACUCGUUACUUUCCACUCGUUCUGUUACGGUCACAGACUACGCCGUCCCAUUCGCCAUAUUUGUGUGUCCUAUUCGAGUUCAAUAUUUUUAAUUACAAAUACCUCAUAAUUCUUUGC